GCAGAGCUCACCCACGCCUGCAGAGCUUGCGGGGUCUGCGGAGCUCGCAUCGGCGACAACAGCUGCAGAGCCUGCUGCAUCAACAUCCUCCGGUGCACCAGGCUUCCCUGCUCAGCAGGUGCCGCAGGAGGAAGAAGGCUGCGAUUCCGAGCAGAGUGCCUCCAACCGGCACUUGCGUGAGGCAUCCCUGGAGACGGCCACUGCCAGCUGCGGAGCUGCUCGCCGCGGCCGUGCUAGGGCCGGCAAGUCGCCAGCACCAGAAAUGCGAGAAGAGGACUUCGACCUCCUCUUGGACAUCGAAGCUGCCUUUGGUGCAGAGCUGCCAGCGGCUCCAACACGGCGCCGGCGAUCGGAGCCGUGGGCGCGGCUGAGGCCGCAACGCCAAGGAGGCUUUACUUCCCUCUCGGACGUGCCGGACGUGCCUGUCAGCAUCGACGGCAGCGCCGCCGCAG